AUGAAAAUUGCAAUCAAGGACCAGUCGCGUAUUCACACGCCCUACGUUAUCGAUCGGGGGUAUAGAUUCCCUGAGCCUGCUCUUCUUAUCGGCCCCAAACUGCCUGAAUGUCUGCAAACAUAUCUUGCCAAUUGGCUUGCAUCUCGUGCACUGUGGGUAGGCCGUGUCGUCCACGAUCCUCCACGCACUUAUCCCACUCCUCAACUCUGGCGCGACUUCCUUGGUAGUGUGCCUUCUGCCCAGCCACAAUCUCAUAAGGCUGACAGAAAAGGUCUUACAGCCACCGAGAAGCGGAAGCAGGUGAUGCGGGAGUUGUUUGGCGAUGAUUUGCUAGAAUCUCAGGGCGAUGUAUUUUCGCCAGAUGGAGUUGUUGAGUUUCGGGGUGAAGAAAUCUCCGUCGGCAGUCUUACUAAUCCUUCUGCACUUCUAGCCCAGAAGGUCACAUGGGAGCUGUUUGAACUCGGCUUUCAAUAUGAGUUGCGGGAUCUUGAUUGUCACUUGGCGCAGAGAGAAUGGAAGGAUGAUCCAGCUGGUCGCGAGCAACUCCUCCAUGGCAUCUUCCCGGGCGAUGCUGGUCUAGUGAUGUGGUCAGAGCCAUUUGCGUCGGAACAUUACGGGUUGUGGGAUAACACCCUGAAGGGCUGUCUUCCUUACGUGGAGAAUUUCCACCGACUGCUUUGCGAUUGGGAUGGCGUGCCACCUCUUCUUAUGACCCCGCUGACAUCAGACAACUUCACAGAUACAAAGUCUUGGGAAGUCAAGCGUGUGGCUACAGCAUUUUACGUCCAGACAUUUUUUGAUCAUUUCGGCAGGCCUACCAUCGUACCCCAUUCGCUUCCCAUGCAAUCAUGA